GUGCGUCCUGGCCGUGUGUCCACACCCCAGACUGCGGACUGAGGCGCACUCGAUCUUCUUGCGGCGCGGAGCGUCCGGGACCUGAGGGAGUGGCAGCCGGAGUCUGAGCUGUCCUGGGGGACCAAGUGAGAGCUUAAGAUGGGCAAGACCUGGGGCCCUGGGUAGACGCAUCAAAGCAGGCAGAACCCUGGGCAGACGCAUCGAAGCAGGCAGAAGCAGGCAUGGCCAGCAGGAAGACCAAGAAGAGGGAAGGGGGUGCCCUCCGGGCCCAGAGAGCCUCAUCCAAUGUCUUCUCCAACUUUGAGCAGACUCAGAUCCAGGAGUUCAAGGAGGCAUUCACACUCAUGGAUCAGAACCGAGACGGCUUCAUCGACAAGGAGGACCUGAAGGACACCUACGCCUCCCUGGGCAAGACCAAUGUCAAGGACGAUGAGCUGGACGCCAUGCUCAAAGAGGCCUCGGGGCCCAUCAACUUCACCAUGUUUCUGAACAUGUUUGGGGAGAAGCUGAGUGGUACCGAUGCCGAGGAGACCAUUCUAAACGCCUUCAAGAUGCUGGACCCAGACGGGAAAGGGAAAAUCAACAAGGAGUACAUCAAGCGUCUGCUGAUGUCCCAGGCUGACAAGAUGACAGCGGAUGAGAAACCACACCCGGGACCGCUGCAGGUGCGCGUUUGUAUUUCGCUCCCGGAGCCCGCAGGGGGCCCUUUCGCCCCCGCCCGCAGGUGGACCAGAUGUUCCAGUUCGCCUCCAUCGAUGCCGCGGGCAACCUGGACUACAAGGCGCUGAGCUACGUGAUCACCCACGGGGAGGAAAAGGAGGAGUGAGGCCCGGCCUGGUCAAUAAACCUGGACGCUAGGACGCU